AUGCGUCUGCAAAUCAUGGCGCGCUCUCCUCUCAGAUCCCUCUUUCAUCCUGCGACAGCAAGAAUCAGCCGAUUCCCGUCAUCUCCAAAUCAUGCUCAACUUCCGCGACGAAAACGGCAGAUCGGUUUACAGUCUUCACUCUGCCGACACACUCGAACCUCUGCUUCCGGCGGCUUCCCCUGUUCAGCUCCUACCCUUCAAUCCAGAAAAUCCCCUUAA